UACCCAGUUCUUGGCAAUCAAAACAAACCUUAUCAAAUGGCCAAGAUAAGUCACGUAUCUGAUAAGUUUCAGUUGAAGUUCAGUUUUCAGCCAAAUGUGAAAGAUCUAAAUCCAACGUAAAAUGUUUUUAUUUAAGUGCUUUUUUCCUGACUGGCUACUAAUCCUUUUAGUUGUUUGUUACGGUCUAUAUUGGUGGGCAGUUGCCAAACAUGAUCACUUUCUCAAACUAGGGGUUGAUCAUGAUAAGCCAUUGGCGUUCUUUGGAACUUUUAAGAAUGUAUACUUCCGAACAGAAAGUCAUUUCGGCGUUGUAAUGAAGCAGUAUGAAAAGUAUAAACACAAAAGUUAUUUCGGAAUAUAUGAGCAUCGGAAGCCUGUACUGGUAGUAACUGACCCAGGACUUAUUCGACAGAUCACGGUCACAGACUUUGAUCACUUCAAGGACCGUGGAGACAUGUUCAAUUGCACUAGACUCCAAGAACUAGCCUUCUGCAUGUUCAAAAAUAAUAAAUGGGAAAGCCUGAGGACUACGCUGUUGCCGUGCUUUCAGUCGGAGAAUCUGCGGUUUGCCUUUUAUUUGAUCGAAGAGUGCUCCCUGUUAGCUAUCCACAAUCUGAAAAAGGAGUCAGGAUUCAGUUCAACUAUUGAAAUCAAUAUCUUCACCUAUUUUGCCCGAUUCUUCAUAGAUGCACUAGCUACCACCACGUUUGGGAUGAGACCGAAUUCUGUUUCAUUCAAGGAGAAUAUGUUUUUCAACCAUAUCCUUAGAGUAAAACAUAUAAACCCAAUGCUUUACAUUGUCCACUUUCUGCAUGGGAAUUUCCCAGGAUGCCUGAAGCUCCUGACAGUACCCUUAAUUGGCAAUAGCGUCAUCUGGUAUUUCAAAUCACUUGUCAAAGAAAUCAUAGAGUAUCGACGCAAAAAUAACAUUAAACACUUUGAUAUUGUACAUAUGCUGAUUGAGGGAGAAGACAAGGAUAAACUAGCGGAAGACAAAAAACCAGAGCAAAAUGAUUCGUUGACCGAUGAUGAGAUAGUAAGACAAUGUCUGACAAUCUUAAUGGAUGGUCUCUUCAAAUCUUCCGUUAUAGCGACUUGCGCUGUUCUCGAAAUUGCAAAUAAUCCCCGAAUUCAAGACAAAUUACAGAAGGAAAUUGAUACAGUCAGUGGGAGAGUCAGAGACAAAUCAAUAUCUUACGAUACACUUAAGGAGAUGGACUAUCUAGAUAUGAUCAUCUAUGAAACACUUCGAAAGUGGUCAGUAGAACACAUUAUCGACAGGGUAUGUACGAAACCAUACACCCUCUUCGAUAAAACCACCGGGCAUUCGGUGAACCUCGAACCAGGCGAAACAAUAUGCAUACCCAUUGCUGCCUUCCAUAGGGAUGCAAACUACUUCUCUGAUCCGGAAAAAUUCUAUCCUGAGCGCUUCAGUGAAGACAAACGCGGUUUUAUUCGACCUUAUACCUUUCUGCCUUUUGGAAUUGGGCCAAGGAAUUGUAUUGGUGCAAAGUUUGCCUUAAUGCAAAUCAAAGCAGCAAUGGUUAGCCUUUUUUCAGAGUUCCAUGUGGAAUCUUUAUCGCCGAAGGCUGUCGAACUAACUGCUGAUAAUAAAGCAUUUUUUCUACUGCCCCAAAGUAAUCCUACUGUCCGUCUACUGUGUAGAAAAUCAUCAUAAAAUAAAAUAUAA